UGAUUCAGAUAUUCCUCAUAUCUCAUAUAAACUUGAAGCACUGAUUAUUUACUGUUGUACGAGUUUUGGGAUAUUUCCGGAAUAUCACGGUCGUUUGUGACGGAAUUAGCCGGACGUGUCUGACCCAGGGCGCAUGUGCAAGGACAUAGAGCUGUGGAAGUACUUCCAGGAUUGUCAUAAUAAUUAGGAAAGAUAAAAUUAGACAAAAGAACAUCAUCAAUUCACAUUUGAUGUGUGCAGGGAUUGAGGAACAUGAAAAGACCGCGAAAUGUUGAUUGCGGCAAACCCAGACGCCCUGUGAAAAGGAACAAAAUAUCCGAUGGUAUCUAUGGAAGUACGUUCUUGUACUUGAAGUUCCUGCUGGUGUGGGCGCUGGUCUUGAUGGCAGAUUUCAUUCUGGAGUUCCGUUUUGAAUACCUCUGGCCUUUCUGGCUCCUCCUCCGAAGCGUUUACGACUCAUUCAAGUACCAAGGACUGGCUUUCUCUGUCUUCUUCGUUUGCAUCGCUAUCACAUCAGACGUCAUCUGCUAUCUUUUCAUACCAGUGCAGUGGUUAUUUUUUGCGGCCAGUACCUAUGUUUGGGUUCAAUAUGUUUGGCACACAGAGAGGGGGAUAUGUCUGCCGACAGUGUCACUGUGGUUGCUGUUUGUAUACAUAGAAGCCUCAGUGCGACUUCGAGAACUCAAGAGCCUUCCUUUUAAUUUAGACCUUUGCAGGCCAUUUGCUGCGCACUGUAUUGGUUAUCCAGUGGUGACACUAGGAUUUGGUUUUAAAAGUUACAUAUCUUACAGAAUGAGAUUGAGAAGACAGAAAGUUGUACAAAAAGAAAAUGAUUUUUACAUGCAGCUAUUACAUCAGGCCCUUCCUGCGGAGGUCCAGUAUGCUGAUAAACAAAAAGCUUUGCCAUCCAAACCGGAGGAGGAGGUAAUCUCAAAUGGGGUGGCAGGAAAGAAAAUAGUGAAAGUAGAAGAAGAAAAAGAUGGCAAGAAGUCCACCAAGAGUUCAGACAUUAAUGAAGAUGAUGAGAUAGAGUAUAUAGAGAAAAGCUUGCCAAAGAAAACUAAUGUGAAUCAGUUUGAUGAAAGUGCAGACAAUUUUGUCAACGAUCAACAAGCUAAAUCUUUCAAAACAGCAUCCAGCUCAGUGGGUGGAAAAUCCCAGGGCAGCAAGUUAAAUAGCAGUAAGGAAAAUAGUACGAAAAAAGGGAAGACAUACAGUAAAGAUAUACCACCUCCAGCUACUUUCAGCAACAAUAAAGAUGAAGUUAUAGCAAGGUUAGAGACGGAUGUUAAGAAGUUAAAGGUGGACCUUCAGUCUAGUCGAAACUGUGAGCAAGAGUUACGAUCUCAGAUAAAUAACUUCAGUAUAGGGGACAAGUCCCUGCGGUCCGAGCUGUAUCAACUCCAGCAAGAUAAUGAAAAUUUACAGAAUAAAUUACACAACCUUGUGACCAGCAAGCAGCAAGAUAAACAGAACAUAGCUAUGCUGGAAAAGAAGGUGCAGGAGGAACGCAAGCUACGAGCAUCACUUGAGGCACAGCUCGCCUCGGAGCGCAAAGCAAGAAAAGCAGACGAGGCAGCUGCUGCCGCUAGAGCAGUUGCUAUGGCAACAGCAGCAAGGGUGGAGUGCACAGAGAGUUGUAAGGCUAGGAGAAGAGACAGUGAAAAUGAUAUAAAACAGCUCCGCAGGGAUCUGAAAAUAAGAGAAGAGCAAGUUCGACAGUUUGAAAGAGAAGUACAAGCUCUGCGGCAAUAUAAGGAUGCCCAGAAGGAAACAGAGGUUCUGAUGGCGGCACUGGGGGCCAUGCAAGACAAGAACACGGAACUGGAAAAUAACCUGAGUGCAGAGACAAGAUUCAAGCAGGAUCUGUUUUCAGCUCUCGCCGAGGAAAGGCGCCAAAUUAAAAUAUUACAGAACACAGUACAUGAGAAAGACAGUGAGAUUGCAGAGCUGAAAUCAAAAAUAGCUGAGGUGAUGGCUCUAAUCCCCAGCACAAGCUCUUAUCAGACUCUCAACUCCGAGAGGACGUCCUCUCCACUCUUCUCCUCCAAAUACUGCAAGGAUGAUGUGACAGUGUCCUCGGACCUGAACCCGAACGCCACAGACUACACCCCCAAGAACUCUAUUUAAACUCCAGCCAGCAGCCCUCACAUCCGAUCCUCCUCCUCCUCUUCUCCCUCCCACCCCAUCCCUGCAAGUAACAUGACAUUGUUCACCAUUGAACCACCACCACCACCACCCUACAUGAACGUUUUUGCCUUGUGGACAGCCCCACUUCAUAUCUGUACAACGGUGGACACAUUGUUUUAGUCCAAUCUUAUAGACUCGUCCAUUGGUGCUACAAUUUGUUUUCAGUUCCGUUGGAGCUGCAGGUCUGGGGACUGCCAUCUCCCGCUACCAGUAGUCGACCAGCCGACAGUGUUCACAUAAUCUAAGUAUGCAGCUGCACCACUGGUUAACAUAGAUUACUUAAUAGAGCAACGCCAACUUCUUUCUUGUUUCACAAAUGAGUCUACCCAGAGUCAAAGGUCAAAACGUCCACUACUGUUCUGUUGAAAAUAUGCUUAUUUGAAACACCUAACGUAACAUUUCAAAAAGGAAGAUAAAAGGCUGAUUGAUUGAAACUGUGUUUUGUUUUGUUUUUUAAAGGUCGGCUAUUCUAACAGUUUUACCAUUUAUACAAGAAUCUUUUUGAAAAGAAUAGAAACAAAUAUCCUUAUGAUCAACAGUCAUUUUUUAUAUUAAUUUGAGUAAUUUGUAUACGUGUCAUUGACCUCCAGUGAAUCUUGACCCAAUUUGUUUGAAUCCAAUUGGUCUGGGAAAUCAAGAAAUAAAGUUGGUCUGGCUUUAGGCUGAAAAAAAUGUGUUGUUGGUUCUCAGGCAUUAGGUGACCCAUGUCAGUGAAUAAACAGCACAGCUGGAGAGGAAAGUGCGAUGAAAGUACAGAAAGUCCUCUUUAACUCUUGACAAGCCUCCAUCAUACGUCUUCAAUAAUUUCGAGGGCACAUCAUUCCAAGUGGUUGAAAGUGCUGCAGCUAGCUGUGCAGAGUUGCAUCUUUUUUGUCAGCACCAUGCCCAUCUACCAAUGUAAGCAUUCACAAACUGCAUCCCUUUGGGGUGACUAGCCAUGAUGUGAUGAAAUACUUGGUUGACAUCAAACCCAAAAUUAAACCCAUUAGAUACAGCAAUGUUUUGUGAAUUUACUGAAUUGAUUAUAGCUAAAGGAGAGAACAUCUCGCCUUGGAGGUAUCAUUUUCACCCUAAACAACCGUCUACCAUUUGUAACUGCCUGAGAACCAACUGAGAUUCUGCCUGUGUCUACUUAUCGGACUUUUACUAUCAGUUUCAGUGAGGGCAUUUAAUUGGUGCGUGACUGUACAACUUUUCUUUAGGGUCUAACAUUCACUAGGUAACUACUCACAAUAAGUUAAAGAACACCUGAUUUUUUCAUGACUAUAGUUAUUUUGUCAUGAUAUGACAGAUUAACUAUAGCCAUAUGAAAAAAAUCAGGUGUGUUCUCUUACUUCCUUUGAGUAGUAUAAUUACCGGUUUCAGUAAUGUAACAAUCAGAAACUUGUUCCUGUUGAUUGUUGAUGUAAGCACUGAGUUGGCUGAAAUAAUGCCAAUAUGGUAUAUUGUAAGGGUAUCCAGUGAGGUUUAGGGUAAAUGUAAUACCGUAUUCGACGUAAUAAGCACCCACGAUGAUAUUUGAUAAUAUAUUGGCUAGUGAACAAUCUCAAUUAGCACCCCUUCCAAUUGAUCAAUGUACACAAGACUUAUUUAUUCGUGUAUAAUAUGCACUCAUGUGUUAUAUGCACCCUUAAUUAUGGGCAAUUAAAUUCUAGAAAAUAUAUCUGUCGUGUAUAAUACGCACAGACUUUUCUUUUGUGUCAUUUCAGGCUCUCAGCAUAAACCACGAAAUUUACAAUCUUUCAACGCUGUUUUUUUUGUCUCACCAAAAUUAUAUUCUAAUAAGAGCCCCCUAUUUUUAAUUUUGAGUGCUCCCUGGGCGUUUAUUACGUCAAAUACGGUAAAGUGUUUAAACUUGAUUUUUUUCAUACUGCAAUGGAUGCUUGAAGAAAGUUUCAUAUUAACAAAUUGGCCAAUAUUAAUGUGCUUUUUAGGUAUCAUAUCAGAGGGUGUUUUUACAGUUUCUUCGCCUCGUGUAUAAACCUGUAAUAUUUUUUAAGAUAUAUACCUAUUGAUAUUACAACUUCACUAAAUCUUGUCAAUUUUCAUGAUAUGUACUUCUCAGAAAAGUUAAGGACUUCCCGAUUCUUUUGUAUUACUAUAGUUAAUCAGUCAUGCCACGACCUAUUAACUAUAGUAAUAUGAAAGAAUCGAUUGGUCUUUAAGUUUUUUUUAGUGGCGUGUAUCAUAUAUAGUAUAAUUAAAAUAUGUGUAGAAUGGUUAGUUGGUUUUGGGCCAAUAGGAGCAUGCAAGUUACUAGGGUCAGGGUUCAGAUGUCAAAAGGAGAGAUUCAGGUUCCAGAAUGUUUUUAUAUAUCUACUUUAUGUGGAUUUGCUUCCAGAUUCUAAGUAAGGUAAUAUAUUGCUUGUUAAUGAGCCUGUGCCACUGAGUAGAACUUGCAGCUGGUCAGUGUACAGGGCAAACUAGGCUUCCAUAGACUUACUGAUGGCCAAAGAAACAGGCAUUAUUUCUGUAGCGGUAAAUUCUAGAGAUGUUUUUUCUUUUGGCUCAAAUUUCAUUUUGUCAUGUUUGAUUUUUUUCUUAACUUACCAGGUACAUCAGAGCAGAAACAAACACGAGUGCAGAUUUGCAUGUAUAUCAAAUCGUUAGGAAAGAGUUUUUGCAAAACUUUCGGGACCGAUUUGUUUAUUCUUAUUUGAAGGUAACAUGUACUAGAGCUGAAAUUUCAGGUUUAAAAACUAACAUUUGUUAAUGAGGGAAUGGUGUUCUUCUGGGAUGCUAAGGAACUCAUUGUAAGCACAAUAGCGGUCUCAGUAAGACAAGGACCCAUUUCUCCGUAGGAACAUCAAGGUUACCGUUUCAGAACUUUACCAUUGAUAGGGUUGCAAUGUAUCUGCAAUUUAUUUCCAAAGUUUCACUUACCAACUGCCAAACAGUUUACGACAGUCUUCAUUCUGUGGUACGAGUGUCUCUUUAGAAUUUGUAUCCAUAAUUUAUAUUGUGCGUUGUUCAUGUUGAUUGUUAGUUCUUCUGUAAAUGGUAAGAAACUGUAAAUGUCAUGUUGUGUACCUUGAUACAGAGUAUAUUUGGUUUGUUUCAGAUAUUUUAUAAGGAUAUUUUUGAACUCGAAAUAACCCUCAAAUAAAUUUUGCUACACCGGAUUUUGAUGGUGGCAAAAUUCAGCAGCAUUUGUCUUGGGUAUUUGACCGUACAGUCACUGCCAAGAGAUGGACGACAUUUAGUUGAAAUGGUUGGUUGAUGUUGUGUCAGCACUUCAGUAUUUAAAGGGGCUCUUUGGGGCGUAAUGAAACACUGCCCUUGUACCUUUCCUUUUACUUUUUUUCCAGCAAUAUGACACUCCUAUUAUUAAAAAUGACCUUUUAUCUUAUUCUGUAAAUUAUGUCAGCAAAGAGAUGUUAUUAACAUUAAGCUAUUAUUAUGUACAGUAUUUAGUUAUGAGUCAGGAAGCAUUCAGAUCACCGAAGAGAGCUCUCGAAGCCUUGAAUAUUUUUGUUGGACCAGGAGUUUUAUAGCAGUUCAUUUGAGUUUGAACAAAAAAGAUGUUUACUUUAGCCUUGCAUUUAAGUGAAACAGAAUUAUCAUUGUCGGUCAAUAAUGUGAUUUGAUGUGAUUUGAAAUUAUGGCACUAACGACAUAAUCACCAACACCUUGUUAAAAUUGUGUGAGAUAUUUUGGACUGAAAUUCCUGUGGCCAUGUCUGACAGUCUCAUUUUGAGCACCAUAUAGCAUCUGUGUAUGGCUGUCUUGUCAGUCACCAGUCACACUGUGUGAUAAUAUGUCAUGUGAUCAUGAUAACUGAUACAGUAUAUUACAGGGCCCUUUCCAUCAUACUGUUUCAUGUUUGUUCGAUUGUUGUUUAACACCACACUCAGCAAUAUUCCAGCUUUAUGACAGUGGUCUGUAAAUAAUCGGGUCUGGACCAGACAAUCCAUUGAAUGGCAUCAUGAGCAUCGAUCCAUGCAAUCUGGAUACGAUGACAUGCAUCAACCAAGUCAGCAAGCCUGACCAACUGAUCCUGUUAGUCGCCUCUUACGACAAACAUGGGUUGCUGAAGACCUAUUCUAACCCGGAUCUUCGAACCCGGGUUUCCCACUGUUUUAAUGGUGAUGUAUUAUGUACUGUAGCCUGGUGUGACAUUAUGGAUGGAGGUCUCCCUCUUGCAGCAAUGUCUCUGCCACAGAACUAGAGUUUGUUGCUAGACCAUAAUGAUCCCAUCUAUGCUGGUCGUAAGAGGCGACCCAAUGGAUCUGGUGAUCAGCCUCAGUUUCUUGGUUGUUUGUUAGUACCCCCUCCGUGUGGAUUGUUGCUCGGAAUAUCAGUCACUAGCAGGGAUAGACCUGUUAACCUGAGACCAGUGUUUCCUCCAAAAUCCAGCUAUUUUAAAUAAACCAGGAGUCUGAUAUUUUCUGCUGAAUAGCCAGAUUUGAAAAAUAUUGUCUUGUCGUUUCCAGACUCUAUUAUUUACAGGCCACAAUCAUUUAGCUUCAAUAUUGCUGAAUGCCUUGUUACAAACAACAAUGAAACAAAAUAAUUAGACCUUAAAAAUGUAUGUCUGUCUAUAACCUUUCUCGAUUCUGUAAAGAUAUUCAAGGCUUAUAUGCUCCUGUUGUGAUUUUGAGGUUUUAUCUUUGAAUUGGUUUAUUCAAUUAAUAAGUGCUACUGUGACCAAUAAUGCAGAGGCAAACAAACUUUCUACAGGAUUCAUUGACUUCCCAGUGAGAGGGAACUGUUUUUCCAGCUGUUUAAGAAUUAUCAUUCAAGGGUCCCAAGGUGGUAUUACAAAUUAUAUUUUCUGGCAGAAUGGUUGGACUUCAGUUGGAAUGUUUUUUUCACAUUUGCUGUCCUGGGUUUCAAGACAACUGGUUAAUGUAGUGAUGUAAGCAAGGCAUCCUUUACAAAAUAUUUUUUAAAACAAUUUGCUGAAACAUAUCGUCAGAAUGACAUCUAUAUUUUCUUUGAUCCAAUUACCAGUCUACACAUUAUAUAUUGUUUGUUUUAUUCUUGGUUUGUUAAAAAGUAUCUUCACUGUUAUAAAUUUAUUUUAGUUGACUACUUCUUUUGAAGCAGCGUCUAGUUUACACAAUGGUCUGUAGUUUGAACUGUCUGUUUAUUUUGCUUGAGUGUAAAGAUAGUUCAGUGGAACGAAGCUGAAUAUAUCUUAACCUGAGGUUUACCACCAGCGACGGUCUCUGUUGAAGGUUCGCAUAUGACCCAUACCAACUUUUAUUAAUGAUAUUGAAAUCAACUUUGGAACAUUACACUGAAAAGAUAAAAACAAGGGUCGUUAGUAUCCACGCUGGUCAUAGAAGCCAGGGAAGGAGAGGUAUGUGGUCUGGCUUUGCGGUCAACUUGGCAUCACCCUGAUGCCUUCAGCUGUGUCCAUGCUGUCCGUCAUUGAUCUGGUCCAGAUGAUAGCAGUGAUACAGCUAGAGUAUUGUGGACUGUUACACUUGACUGGGAGAUAUUUGAUGCUGUGUGGAAAUUGUAGUCCUCAAAUGUAGAUGGUUCAUGCAUCUUUUGUAUCAGUUGUCUCAUUGUGAACAGAAAAACAAGCAGCGCACUUUCUUUGCAGUUACUGAAACGUGUAACAUCUCUGUUUAGUUUGCUUUUUGAACAGGAACUCUUUCAUAAGUAAACUGUGAAUGUGCUUGUUUUUGCAAUGCAGCUUUUAUUUGUUUAUUAAUACAUUAAAAAAUAUCAAUAUUAAACCAUGAAUAAUUAUAAGAUUUUUGUUUGUAUAAGUUUCAACAUUAUUAAUGAAAUUUGCAUUGUUUACUGAAAGCAUUCAGAUGAAGGAAGGCCAUGUCUAAUUACAUCCAGUGAGGCAGAGGGCACAGAAAAUCUUUUUAGUUUCUCAUCAUCCUAUACAUAAUAGUCUUUUUCAUGAGAUUGAAAAGUAUGAAUAUUUUGAUUUUAUCAUCUUAGGAUAAAACCAGACCUCAUGAUGCUGUAUUUUAUUUUCAUUCAUAAAGACGUUACAGAUUUCAUUUCAAUUUCUUGCCAGCAAAUGUCAGGAUGUAUUGGUCAGAAUAGGAUUAGUUUGAUAAUUAUUCCAUUUUAUGAAUAUUCAAACAAUUCAUGUGUUGUAUUUGAUGUUUCAUUCAACUUCAGUAAAUUCAAAUCUUUUAUGCGUUUCAUUAUAUAUCUACAUGCGGAGAUCGUCUAUUAAAGAUGUGCUUGCUUACUAACAGGAUUAGGAUACCUGAAGUUGUUGUACAUCAAAGACAGCAUAUGCUUGUCCGAGUCAAAAGUUGACCUGAAUGUGAAGAUUGCUGUUGAAGUAAAAUGUCCGAGAAUGUAGUAACUGUGAGUCAGUGGUGCAGGUGCUUGUUUUAGUUCUGUUUCUGCAUUUCCAGAAUCUGUAACCAUGGCAACUGGCAUAAUGUGCCCGUUUCACAUCAUAUUUAUUUUGGCCACUGUAUAACAUUGAUGCUCCAUUUCAUUGGGAGUAUGAUUAAAUUAGUCUAGAAAAAACUGCACGAUAUUAGCAAGAUGCUAAGUUGUAAGUAUUUUAAUUUUAUAAAUAGACUGCCUUCUGAUUGAUUGUGGAUCCAAGACAAAAGUUUGAAAUAGGACAUUACUUAAUUCAGAAUUGAGAUGGGGUGGGAAAAUGUGCCAUGUAUCCUUCACAUAUCAUCCAGUACAUCUGACGAGGCACGGAGUGGGAGAGGUUUCUGGUCAGGAACAGGACUAAGGCACUCUACUAUAGUACCAGAGUGGAGAUUGCCUGCCUUAGUAGUGUUAUCUGUUUUGUGAUACUCGUUAUAUGCUUCUACUAUUGUUUCGUGUGUUGCUGCCGUCACCGCCGUUUUCCUUUAAGUGGUCCUGAUAUCCGAAAGUGGGCGUGGCACAGUGAGGGUGUAUCAGCUGCCUAUGCUCUUAUGUACGCCCAGGCCCAAACAGUCAAAAUAAAGGGCUUUGUGCUCAGGUGCAAAAAAUUA